GUUUCUUCCAGGCGAACCUGUCACUGUCACCGCGGCGGUGACGGCAGCCGAAGUGUGAGAGCAGAGGGGGGGAGAAGCUUCAUCCACUGCCUGCCAUUGCAGUGCGGCGGCUGCUGCUCUGGAACCACACCAGGAAGACCUUUUAAUUCCCGUUUUCUGUCAGAUUAUCACAAGCACGCCGUGAGGAGGAGCAUUGCUUAAACAAAAGAGCGCCGCAAUGGAGGAGACUGUCAUUUGGGAACAGCACACAGUAACACUACACAGGGCACCAGGGUUUGGCUUCGGGAUAGCCAUAUCAGGAGGUCGGGAUAACCCUCAUUUUCAGAGUGGCGAGACCUCCAUUGUCAUUUCGGAUGUGCUGAAAGGAGGUCCAGCAGAAGGCCUGCUGCAGGAAAAUGACAGAGUCGUUAUGGUCAAUGCUGUCUCCAUGGACAACGUGGAGCAUGCAUACGCAGUCCAGCAGCUUCGCAAGAGUGGGAAAAUUGCCAAAAUUACAAUCAGGCGAAAGAGGAAGGUGCAUGUCCCCAUGGGCCGCCUGGGGGAGAGGGAAACGAUGUCAGAGCAUGACGAGGAGGAGGACAGCUACGAUGAAGAGAUAUACGAGACGCGGAGCGGACGCAGCGGGGCUUACAGCGCUGUGGGCGGGGCUAUUAGCAGGCGCAGCGGGCGUGGCAGCGGGCGGAGGGACAGGGAACGGGAACGCAGCGGCUCGCGGGAGAGGAGCAUCUCCCCACGCUCAGACCGCCGCUCACACAACCUGCCCCCCCGCCCCGCGAAGGUCACACUUGUCAAAUCCCGCAAAAAUGAAGCAGAAUAUGGCCUCCGCCUGGCCAGCCACAUCUUUGUCAAGGACAUUUCCCCCGAGAGCCUGGCAGCCAGGGACGGCAACAUCCAGGAGGGAGACGUGGUACUGAAGAUUAACGGCACAGUGACAGAGAACCUCUCCUUGAUAGACGCCAAGAAGCUGAUAGAAAGGUCAAAGGGCAAACUAAAAAUGGUGGUUCAGAGGGACGACAGGGCGACCCUGCUGAACAUCCCUGACCUCGAUGACAGCCUCGCUUCAGCCAACGCCUCCGACAGAGACGACAUUUCAGAUAUCCAUUCGCUGGCAUCCGACCAUUCCAAUCGAUCGCAUGACAGACAUCGUAGCAGCCGCUCGCGCUCUCCAGACCGAAGAUCUGAACCCUCAGACCACUCCCGACACUCGCCUCCACAGAUCAGCAACGGCAGCAGUCACAGAAGUCGUGAUGACGAACGAAUCUCGAAGCCGUCUUCAACCCCAGUGAAGCUCCCGGAGGAGGUUCCUCUGCCCAAACCCAAGGAGGCGGCCGCUGCUAGAGAGGAGAAACAACUUCCUCCACUCCCAGAGCCAAAGCCUGUGUAUGCUCAGCCUGGACAGCCAGAUGUUGACCUGCCAGUCAGCCCCUCUGAUGCCCCCGUGCCAAGCGCUACCCAUGACGAUGGCAUCCUACGGCCAAGCAUGAAGCUGGUGAAGUUUAAGAAGGGGGAGAGUGUGGGGCUGCGUCUGGCGGGGGGGAACGACGUGGGCAUCUUCGUAGCCGGCGUGCUGGAGGAUAGCCCAGCUGCUAAGGAGGGCCUGGAGGAGGGCGACCAAAUUCUCAGGGUAAAUAAUGUAGAUUUUGCAAACAUAAUCCGAGAGGAGGCGGUGCUGUUCCUCCUUGACCUUCCUAAGGGUGAAGAGGUCACUAUUCUAGCCCAGAAGAAGAAAGAUGUGUACAGACGGAUCGUUGAGUCAGAUGUCGGUGACUCCUUCUACAUCCGGACGCACUUUGAGUACGAGAAGGAAUCUCCGUAUGGGUUGAGUUUCAACAAGGGAGAGGUGUUUCGUGUGGUGGACACCCUCUACAACGGGAAGCUGGGCUCCUGGCUUGCUAUUCGCAUCGGAAAGAACCACCAAGAGGUGGAGAGGGGGAUCAUCCCCAACAAAAACAGAGCGGAGCAGCUGUCCAGUGUGCAGUACACUCUUCCUAAAACAGCAGGGGGCGACAGGGCCGACUUCUGGAGGUUUCGUGGUCUUCGCAGCUCCAAGAGGAACCUGAGGAAGAGCCGGGAGGACCUCUCCUCACAGCCAGUCCAAACAAAGUUCCCGGCUUAUGAAAGGGUCGUUCUGAGAGAGGCUGGUUUCCUGAGACCUGUGGUGAUAUUUGGCCCGAUCGCUGAUGUUGCCCGAGAAAAAGUCGCGAGAGAAGAGCCCGAUCUUUUUGAGCUUGCCAAGAGUGAACCGAGAGAUGCAGGAACAGACCAACGCAGUUCAGGAAUCAUUCGUCUUCACACCAUCAAGCAGAUAAUUGACAGAGACAAACAUGCUGUCCUGGACAUCACCCCGAAUGCUGUGGACAGGCUGAACUAUGCUCAGUGGUACCCGAUUGUAGUCUUCCUUAACCCUGACACUAAGCAGGGCGUGAAGAACAUGAGGACCAGACUGUGUUCAGAGUCCAGGAAGAGCGCCAGGAAGCUCUAUGAGAGAGCCCUCAAACUGAGGAAGAAUAAUCACCACCUGUUCACCACCACCAUCAACAUGAACAAUAUGAACGAUGGCUGGUACGGAGCUCUGAAAGAAACGACCCAGCAGCAGCAGAACCAGCUGGUGUGGGUGUCAGAGGGCAAGGCUGAUGGCACUACAGAGGACGACUUAGACAUCCAUGACGACCGCCUGUCCUACCUGUCGGCCCCGGGCAGUGAGUACUCCAUGUACAGCACCGACAGCCGCCACACCUCAGACUACGAGGACACGGACACGGAGGGCGGGGCGUACACGGACCAGGAGCUGGACGAGACUCUGAACGACGAGGUGGGUCUGCCCACGGAGCCCGCCAUCACCCGCUCUUCAGAGCCCGUGCGAGAAGACCCGCCCGUGAUUCAGGACACCCCUGGUUACCCUGGAUACCAGCACCCUGUGCAGCCCGACCCAGCCAGCCGCAUAGACCCUGCUGGCUUCAAGAUGGCCGCUCCACAGCAGCAAGAGGAGGCUGCUCAGACGGUGGUAGCGCCCCCUGCUGUUGAGCAGUCUAUACAGAUUGAGGGUUUGCACCUCGAGGAGCCGCCUGCUGCAGCCGCAGCUCCUCAGGCUGACUCACUUAGCAGCCCCAGCUCUGCCCCUGAGCUUAUUGAACCCCACCAGUCUGGUCCAGAAACAAAGAUGUACAAGAAAGAUCUGUACAAUAUGGAGGACCCCGUGCGAAUCAACCAUGGCCUGAAGCAGUCUCUGAGCUACAGUCACCAGCCGCCGUACCAGGACAAACAGCCAUACCGUGAAUACGACCACCCGCCUUACGGAUACGACGGCGGCGGCUACACAGAACCAAAGCCUCACAACUCUGACUCUCACCUGCACUACGACAACCGUGUGCCUCAUUACAACGAGCAGUGGCCCCCCUACGACCAGCAGACCUCGUCCCAGCCCGGGGGGGGGUACCAGCCGGGCCACCAGCAACCCAUGGCCUACAGCCCCCGCUCCCCCUUUGACGACUGUCCAGGGCGGGACUACAGCCCCCCUCAGCCGCGCUACGAUGAGGCCCCACCAGUGGGCUACGAUGGUAGACGCCGCCACAGUAAACCCGGGCCCAUUCGUUACGACGAGCCCCCACCCCCUCCCCCUGCUGGCUAUGACGCCCGCUCUCCUUACGAUGCAGAACCACACUGCUUCCCGAUUAACUCACCCCGAUCGCCGGAGCCCCCCAAGCAGUAUUACAGUGACUCUGGUCUGAGGCCCGCCUACACUCCCGGGCCUCCAAGCAGGGGCUUCAAGCAGGGGAUGCACGACCCUAUGAUGAACUCCGAACCUCCACUUCCCCCCCAUAUAUCGGAGACCCUGCCCUCCCCAGGUGAGCCAGCGACCACUCCCGGCUCCAAACCCCUCCCUCCUCCGCUGAGGGAAGACCUGGAAGAUGACCCGGCCAUGAAGCCGCAGUCGGUGCUGAACAGAGUGAAGAUGUUUGAGAAUAAACGGUCUGUGUCCAUGGACCGCGCUAAAGAAGGACUAGAAUCAGCACUCAGGCCUGCAGAUGUUCCUAAACCUGUGAGUGCACCUGGCCCAGUCCUCAAAGCCAACUCCCUCAGCAACCUGGAGCAGGAGAAAAGCACCUAUAGAGCCCCUGAGCCACAGAAGCCCCACACUAAUAAACCCCUGGAUGACAUGAUGCGUUCCAACCACUAUGACCCAGAUGAGGAUGAGGAGUACUACAGGAAGCAGUUGUCAUACUUUGACCGCCGUAGCUUCGACAGCAAGGCCAUGGGCCAACCCAGCCCUGGCAUCAACCGCUUCCACGACCUUCCCAAACCAGCUCAGCUGUCCUACCCAUACAACAGAGUUGAGUCUGCAGAGAAAGUAAGUCCAGUGGAGAAAAGAUAUGAACCCCUGCCCAUAAUCAGCCCGUCUCACAGUACGGCCCCCCCCGCGUCCGCCAUCCCGCCCAACACACUGCCCAAGCUCAGCCCCAACGAGGUGAACUCCAUACCGGAGCCGUUGACCUCCCCCAUCCCUAAACCUGAGCUACCGGCGCUGCGGCCGCCCAGCAGGGACGAGCCAGCACCGGGGGGCUACCUGCCCCCGAGGGGCCUCCCCGACAAACCCCCGGUCAACGGCACUGACACAGCACCGCCAAAGACCCUGGGCGGUCACGCUCCGACUAGCUACAACCGCUACGUCCCCAAGCCGUACACCAGCACGGCGCGGCCCUUUGAGCGCAAGUUUGAGAGCCCCAAGUUCAACCACAACCUGCUGCCCAACGACACCCAGCUGAAGACGGAGCUCAUCGGGAUGGUGGGCAACAGCGGGGGGAAGCCCCAGCUGUCCCCCCAGCCUCUGGACCACGACAGCGGCCUGGACACCUUCACCCGCACCAUGGACAACAGGCCCAAAUACCAGCACAAUAACAUCAACGCCAUCCCCAAGGCCAUCCCUGUAAGCCCCAGCACGCUGGACGAUGACGACGAGGAUGAAGGACACACCGUGGUGGCCACCGCCCGGGGGAUCUUCAACUGUAACGGAGGGGUCCUGAGCUCCAUCGAGACGGGCGUCAGCAUCAUUAUCCCCCAGGGGGCCAUCCCCGAGAGCGUGGAGCAGGAGAUCUACUUCAAGGUGUGCCGGGACAACAGCAUCCUGCCCCCCCUCGACAAGGAGAAAGGAGAAACGCUGCUAAGUCCACUGGUGAUGUGUGGCCCGCAUGGACUCAAGUUCCUGAAGCCGGUGGAGCUGCGCCUCCCUCACUGUGCGUCUAUGACCCCUGAUGGUUGGUCUUUUGCUCUAAAAUCCUCCGACUCCUCGUCGGGUGAUCCCAAAACCUGGCAGAACAAAUCUCUCCCCGGAGACCCCAACUACCUGGUGGGUGCAAACUGUGUGUCAGUGCUCAUUGACCACUUCUGAAGAGGGCGACAGCUGGCCUGUUACUGAAUGUGAAAACAGAGGAGCGCAGUUCCCCCUGCCGUGCUCCCUCUCCACGGGGGGGGGGGGCCCGAUGAAGUACCAACCUGACACUCUCACGUUGUUUACUGUGCCCAAAAAUUAAGAAAAAAAGAAAACACUACACAAGAAGGAGUCCAGCACCCCCAACGCUGUACUCUUGUUCUUUACUUUGUUUUUCUCCCCCGGUGCUUUCAAGGCUUGCAAAAAAUGAAGAUUAAAAACAAGUUAUUUAAAGGAACUGAAGUUGGAAUGCAUGACCCGUGCCACAGACUGAAUACUCUCGUUUUGACAUUUUUAGCUAAUUUUGUAAAAGGUCAGAGCAGUGCAAGAGAAAGGAGAAUUUUGGAAACUCAUUUAAUAUUGCAAUGGGAUUUUUUCCAUACUGUAAAAAAAAAAAAAAGAAACACUCACAAACAGCAAAGUUAGUAUAUGCAAAACUUUUGUUUGUGAGUUAUGUGGUCAUGCGUUUCACUCGUGAAGGAUCUCUGAGGACUUGAGAAAUGCUGAGCCUGACUCAUGAAGGAAAAAAAAUAAUAAUAAAGAAGAAUGAAGGUUAAGUAUUAGUCUGAGACGCCCGUCGGUUCUGACGAGGCUCUCUCUGUUUAAACUGAUGUUUUGUAGCAAUGUUUUACCGUAGAUAAAUAUACUGACUUGAUUUUACAAACUCCUGCUGUCUAGAGAUCUAUGCAUGUGCUAUGACUCAGGUCCAGAAGCCUGCUACUACUAAGUUCAACACAUGAAAAUCCCAUCGUACACUGCAAGCAGUGAUGCCUUAUCUGCAUAUUAACUUUUCAGUGAAACUUUAAAAACAUCGGAUCCUUCAGUUAUAGCGAUCACUACGGAAGAUAAAGUUGUCUCUGCAUUUUCUCAUAAACGGUGAACUUGGAUUUAGCACACGAGAAUAAUUGAGGCUGAUGAAAAGGUAUGCUUUCUUUUACUGCUAUGCAUAUGAAGUCUGAGGAAAUACAAAAGGCUAGAAGAUGUUUAAAUUGUGGCUGUACAUAUUGCUAGUAUAUGGCCUUGGUUCUCUGUAAAUGAACUUUUGUACAUCUUUGUUAUUUUGUAUAAAAGAGAAAACGUUUGUUUAAAAAAAGAGAAAGCGGUUACAUUGGUUAUGUUUGUAUUCUGGUUAUACCCCUGAGCCUUGGAACUGACAUAAGCAGUAAUAAGUCUGACUUUUCUACCAACAUAUACACACACUACUUAAGGCAUUUUUAAACAGUCAGAAAACUUUUUAUUCUUAUUUACAAAAUAGAGAAGUGCUUGGUUUAAAUGAUUUUAAAAGAUGUACUUGAGGGGGUCUGCUGUGAAGAGUGGUCCCUCCCUUUAUUUGUGAUACUGGAUGCUGUAUUGUGUGCCCUGAAAUGUAUUUUUGUACUAAUAGACAAUUUAUUAUGGCACAUCGGUACUACUUUCUUUUGAUAUGAUAACACUGCUUCAACCCAACACUAGUUUAUUUCCCGUGUGGCUGACAUUUAUUUUUAUUUAUUUUUAUUUUUAUUCGGUUCAACUUCUUUUGUUUUCCUUUGCAACACAUUUCUAAGUAUACCACUGUAUUAAUAAAUAAAUUCAUUUUUAAAGUAA